AUGUUUGCGCUGCAGCUUGACGGCACUUUCGGGGGCGAGAGGCUUGACCCGUACACCCUGACCGGCCGAGCGCUCAAGACAAACUUCCGGGAGGUGAUCUUGAAGGUGCACCCUGACAAACUGGUCCAGCACGCAAACGAGAGCCCAGAAGACUUUGUUGAGAGACUCAAGCAAGAGGAAGGCAAGGCCAAGAUGUACAUUCAUCACUACCAGAUCUUGAGCGUCUUCCUUGCAAACCGCGAUGCUCCUUGCUGGGCGCAGCGCAAGGACCUCAUCCAGAAGCUGUUCCAGAAGCGGGUGAAGCAGCACCGAGCCAGCUGCGGCCUAUCUGGGCUCUGA